AAGGCUGGAAUAGAAAGAAUAUGGAUAAAACAUGGCGGUUUUUUAGUCUUACGGUAAGUUCAAAAAUGUUUAAACAGUGACUUGUAUUAUGUAACGCUGACAUUUGGCACGAUUUGGGUGGAGUGACGUCACAGUAAGGUAUAAAUGUCAAUGAACAUAAUGCAUAACAGGUAUCUAUUUAAACGCACAUCUGUUACUGAACGAACAUUAUUAAUAAGUCAUAGUAGACGGCAUUGUCAUUUCGCGGUAAGAGGUUCUAAUUGCGGCUGCGUAGAUCGUAUUUCUUAUUCGGUGACGUCAUCAACGUGAGUGGCCGUGCCAGAGCGCUGUCAGUUGAAUGAGAUUGGUUACCAGUGUAGCCGCGGUAUAAGGUUGAGUGUCAGAGUUCGACCAAUUGGGUGAUUGCUCGUAGUUUGGUACAUAGGAUUUGAAUAUCGUAUUAAUGUGGGUAUAAAUAUUUUAUGCGAUAUAUUUGUGCAUCACAGAAGGCUGGUGGCUCGACAAGCUACGAAAGGAUAGUAGUUUUUCAUUGCAGUACUACCGAUCACUGUGAGUUGGUUGUUUGUUAACAAAAUGAACGAAAACGAAGCAAUGCAGCUUGAAUUGCUAAGAAAGCAAAUGGCAAUCUUGCAGGAAAACUUGGACCAGUUCUUCAUGAUAAUAAACGGCAUGUUCAUAUUCUUCAUGCAAUGUGGGUUCGCUUUUCUGGAAGCAGGAUCAGUAAGAAGUAGUAACACAGUCAAUAUUCUUAUGAAGAACACACUUGACGUUUUCGUUGGUUCUUUAUCAUUUUUCGCGUUCGGUUAUCCAUUUGCAUAUGGUCGUCCGGGCAACUCGUUCAUCGGCCACAACAACUUUUUCGGGGCAAAUGUGCAAUACUUUGAGAAAUCGGUCAUAGCAAACAACCAAACUUUGGGCGGAUAUGAAACCAGUAGUUCGUAUUUUGCAAACUUUUUUUUCCAAUAUGUGUUUGCGGCCACUGCAGCGACUGUGGUAUCGGGCGCUGUGGCGGAAAGGGCCGACUUCUCAUGUUAUAUAAUCUACAGCUUCACUAUUACAGGGUUUAUAUAUCCAGUAGGUGCGCACUGGGUUUGGUCGCCCGAUGGAUGGCUUAAUACAGGAGCAGGUACUGGGUUAAGCAUGCAGGACUACGCUGGUAGUUGUGUGGUUCAUGUAUGUGGAGGCAUGGCUGCUUUAGCCGGAGCAAAAAUACUCGGUCCGAGGCUAGGAAGGUUUUCCGAUGAUGGUUUAGAUAAACCAAUACCUGGACACAGCGUACCUCUCGUAUCACUAGGGGCAUUCAUUCUAUUAGUUGGUUUCUUAUGUUUUAAUGGUGGCUCUAUUCAACGCAUAUCCAAGAACGGAGAUGGCCUUGAAGUAUCACUGUCUGUAACUAAUACAAUACUGAGUGGCUCCGCUGCAGGUCUAUCGUCUAUGUUAACGCAUCGAGUACACAGUAUGGUGAAAGGGAAGGGGAAGUAUUGGUCUUUACUAAUGACUACCAACGGUGGAUUGACUGGCAUGGUGGCGUCGUGUGCUGGCUGUAACGACAUUGCUCCUUGGGCUGCACUGCUCACCGGAUCUGUGGCUGGGGUGGUUUUUGUGUUCGCUCGACAAUUUGUUCUAUGGUUGAAGAUAGACGACCCACUGGAUGCGAUUUCCGUUCAUUUGUUUGGAGGAACUGUCGGGACACUUGCGGCUCCAAUUCUCGCUAUUCGUGGUCAAACAAUUAACGGGGUUUCGGUGGGAGGUCCAAUAUACGGAGGUGGUGUGGACGCAUGGAGGGGGGUUGGGUGGAGCUUGGUUGGCUUGUUCUCUAUUGGGUUGUGGUCGGGGUUGUGCUGUUUCACGUUAUUCACGACGUUGGACAUGGUGGGUUUAAUGAGAAUUCCAAAAUCGGUUGAAGAAAGUGGGAUCGAUAUGCAGAAGCAUGGGGAGCAUGCUUAUCCGGAAACAUUUGUGAGAAUCAUAGACGACAGACCAGAAACUCCACGGAAAAACAAAGUGGUCAAACGGAAUGUGGCAUCUGCGCUCGUUGAUAAAUCCCUGCCAGCGAUCACCACGUCAGCAUGGGAUGGUCAACAUCCAUCUGAAGCAGGCUCCUCCACAAACGGAUGUAUAGAAGAUCCAACAAGGUUAUCACCAAGCACCGCGUACAAUCGCAAAUAGAACAUCGUGUGUCAUGCAUGUAUUUUGCGGCCGAUUUGGUUGCCACAGAAUUGCGAGAACGCUGCCGAGUUUUCUUUUGCCAAAAUGUUUGUAUUUUGCACUGCACAUGUAUUCGAUGCAAUAUCAGUUACACAAUGUAAGAUUCAGCAUCUACCUGCUGUUGUCGUGCACUUGUCAUAUUCUAUGUGAAUUGAAAUUAGCCCUGGCGUCAUUGUGAUCGUUUGUUAUUAAAUAUUAAGCUGUUUUGAUAAAUUUCUGGCCUAAAAUAUAACGAAUUGUGUGAGGUGCGAAUACAGGGUCUGUAGAUGAACAAGACUGUCUCAAACUUUUGCAUAGUCCUGCAACAACAAUUACUACUAGUACAACUACAAUACUAAACAGUUAGACAUCUAAAGAUUCUGGUCUAUGCAAAUAGAACAAAAGUCAGCUGCUUGCUUUGUCAAAGAAUGCACAAACAAAGUUACAACAGAAUCUGCACAUGCCUUAAUGCACAAAUACAUAUCAAAAGUACUUUAUAUAUAUUUUGCACCGUCUAAAAUCUAACUGUUGUCAUUCACAAAGCCAUAAACAAGGAACUCAAAAAAAAA